AUGGAUCGCAUACCACCAUUCCCUAUCCCUUGGAGGAACAUAAUCAUAGAUCCGGAAGUACUAUACAAUUCUGAUGAAUUUUGGCAACAUCUUGUGUUCUGCGAAAAUAGUACAGCAGAAUCCCUGUCUUCCUUGUGGAUUACACUAUACAAGUUUGAUCACCAAAACCGGUACAGCAAACCUAUGCCAUGGAUUGGGAUUUAUAUCGCAUUAGCAUCUCUGUUUUGCAUCCUUGCAAUGGUGGCUGAUUUAUUACAUGGUUUCAGGAACCGAAAACUAUGGUUUCCAUGUAAAUAUUUCACUCUAAAUGCUGCCUCUCUCACAGUGAUAGCUGUUGCUGUAAAGCUGCCCAUGGAUCUAACUAAUCUAAUGCCGGGUUAUGUGGACCAGGCUGCAAAGCUCGGAAGCCUUGGCUUUAUGUGCACAAUGAUGGCUAAUAUAUUGCCUUCUUUAGCAACCAUGGACAGCAAGGAACUUGUCACAAACAUCAUAGCUUUAGGUGUUUUGGUAAUCACCUUGGUUGUGAAUGUUUGUAUUCAAAUAAACACGGGAAGUCUCACUUAUCAUGUAGAUGAGACUGGGUCCUUUCUGGCUUUUGAUAAUGCAUUUGUAACAGCCCAUGGCUUCAUACCAAUCGUUUAUGUUGGCGUGUUACUCAUGUUGCUGAUGAUAUAUGCAUGUUCAUCCUUAGCAAUUCUAAAGUCCAAACAGAUUCUAGAAUCAAAAUACCAAGCAGCUCAUCAAGAGAUGGAAGAACCACAGAGAUUAACUGUUGAGAAGCUAAAGCAGCAUGUGAGAAACUAUUGGAUCAUGGCAGGAACUGGAAGCCCCCAAUUCAUGACAGCUUGCUCUGCUACAACCUCAGCUUCCGGGGUAAUAUGUGCUUUAAGCACUGUUUUGCACAUUCAUAUUUUGCUUUCCAAUAUCAGAUCUCUAAGGGACUAUAAGUCAGAUUAUAAGUGGUCAAUGGUAGUAAUUCUCAUAAUACAGUUUAUCGGAACCAUAAUGGGUACAAUUGCCCCACUUGCUAGAUGUUUUGCAACCUUAAGCUAUAAGCUGUCCAUAAAAUGGAUUUGGAACCAUAUCAAAGUCUCUAAAGUAGAAAGCUACUGGACUCAAAAGUUAUCUGAGUGGAAACAAAGUAACAUACCAUUCCCAUCAAGUAGCCGCAAAUGUAAGAUUGUCAUCCAGAAUUUAAAAAUCCUAAUUCUCAGCAUUUGUAUAGGAUUUCAGAAGGCAGUUGUGGUAGCGUGCAAGAUGAUAGCGGUGAUUCCAAUUUUAUCUGUGAUAUGUACCUUGUACUGUUUCCAUCGUUGGAAGUGGGUUAGAGCCAUGUUUAGCGACUCUGGUAUAGUAGAAUUGGUUCCAGAUCCUCAGCAACUAGCAGGAAAAGAUAAGGAUCUUAGCCGGUAUGUUUUGCAACUUCAAGAUGACAUGGAGUUUGCUGGGAGAACAUUGAAAAGCAUAUCAAAGUCACUCAAUUGCUUGAUCCAAAAAGCCAAAAAACAACAACCCAACAAUCUUAUGAAGCUUCUAACAGGAUCUACAAGUUUUCCAGGAGUUGAAACGUUUGAUUGCGUUCCACCUUUGCUUUCAGAAGAAUAUCUCGGCUGUUGGAGCUUGCCGAUAGUAACUCUGACAACUAUCGCCAUGUCUCUUCCUAAAAUCCAAAACAACAUGGUUGAUUGCUUGCUGAGUAGUGUGAGUGAAGGUCUUGUAUAUGUCACACUUGUGGAAGAAAGCCUCAGGAGUGUAACCAAUGACCAGGUAAGCCUUCAAAAGGAGGCUAAAACUUUGUGGCUAGAAAUUGAAGUCUAUCACAAAUGGUUAGGAAACAAGCUGCCUAAACGUGCUCCUCAAGGGUGUACGAGUACAGCAGGACAGAUUCUUCAACUAUUGAUGGAUACAGCUAAAAACAUGGUCACUGAGGUGGAAAGUAUGGAUAUUGGAAAUCGAAAUGAUAAUUCCAAAUGCAAGUAUAUUUCGGCCAAAUCAAUGUAUAGUAUCACUGAAACCAUCCUGCUUUCCUACCAUGCCAACAUCGACCAGGUUAGCCAAGAGGAACUAUUUGAGAAGUUAUCAUCCAUGAUUACUAACAUAUUGGCUUCAUGUCUCAUCAACUUACCCCAAGUCAUAGUGAUGAAAUGCCAUACAAGUGCCAUAGAGAAAAGGGAGGCAAGUGUUCAUGCUGCAGCCCAACUUCUAGGUGAGACUAUGAGGAUAAUCAAUACCCUUCAAGAUCGUGAACUUCAGAGAUUGAAUCCAGACAAGUUGCCAUAUAUUGAAAAGUGGCCAUGUUUAUUUAAAGCAUCAUUUUUCUUUAAAAACCAUUCCAUUCUUCAACUGUACCAGAAAAGUUUUUGGAUCCCGAAAAAUAAGAAACCAAACCCAGAUCACAUCCUUAUCCAACCUAAUAUCUCCUCUGUCGAAACUGCCCUUGAAGCAUGGCAACGACUCACAACCUUGUAUGCCAACCCCUCCAGAUCUCAUGUCAUCUCUCUCAAGAAGAAGCUAGUUGACAACCCCCGUGUAAACCGAACAAUCCAAGCAUACCUUCAAGAUAUGAAGCAAAUAGCUGACAAUCUUGCACUAGCCGUGAACCCUGUUGAUGAUGAAGAUCUUGUCGUUCAUGUCCUUCACAACAUAGGAGAUGAAUUCAAGGAGAUGGGGGCUGCCAUCCAAGCUCGUGACUCCUCGAUUUCUUUCUCUGAGCUUCAAAAUAAACUCAUCGACUUCGAGAUUCACAUGACAAAGAAACGAAAGAAGAGUCUAUCGUCAUUCCCAACAUCAAUUUCACUCAUAAAGGCAGAAAGACAUCUGGUAGGUACUCUAAAAAUUCCUAUCAAGACACAAGAAGAGGGAAUCAGCAUCAAGGAAGACCAAAUUCUCAACCUUCCAACUCCAGAAUCUCUUACAAUCCUCAAGCUUUUUGCAACUUUUGUGACCCUGCUGGACAUUUUACUAAAGAAUGUCAACGUUUGUCUUGCUUUCUAA